CGACCGCCAUGCUACGAGCCAUCCUCUGUGCGGCUGUCGCGUUCGCCGCCGUUGAUGCAGCGACUCUUCUACAUGCCCCAACUCUCCGCAUGAGAGGAGGCGGCAAGCACUUCCCCAACCUCCCAGACUCUGUGAAGCCUGGAGUUGUCACUGGUCAGGCCCUCAAGGAUCUCCUUCAGACCGCCAAGGACAAGGGAUUCGCCAUCCCCGCAGUCAACUGUGUUUCCUCUAGCAGCGUCAACCAGGUCUUGGAGGCUGCCAAGAAGUACAACUGCCCUGUUAUGAUCCAGUUCUCCAACGGAGGAGCUCAGUUCUACGCCGGAAAGGCCCUCGACAACCCCAAGGAGACCUUGAAGGCUUGCGUCCUUGGAUCCAUUGCGGGUGCUCACCAUGUCCGCUUGAUGGCCGAGCACUAUGGCGUCCCCGUGGUUCUCCACUCUGAUCACUGCGCGAAGAAGCUUCUUCCCUGGUUCGAUGGCAUGUUGGACGCUGACGAGAAGUACUUCAAGGAGCACGGAGAGCCUCUCUUCAGCUCCCACAUGAUCGAUUUGUCUGAGGAGCCUCUCCAGGAAAACAUUGAUCUGUGUGUCAAGUACAUGAACCGUAUGGCUAAGAUUAACUGCUUGUUGGAGAUGGAGCUCGGUAUCACUGGUGGAGAGGAGGACGGUGUGAACAACGAGAAUGUGGACAACGCCUCCCUCUACUCCCAGCCAGAUGAGGUGUGGCAGGUGUACAAGGCCCUUGCUGCCGUCCCCAACUCCAUGUUCACUAUCGCUGCCGCCUUCGGUAACGUCCACGGUGUGUACAAGCCUGGAAACGUUCAGCUCAGGCCCGACAUUCUUGGCAACGCCCAGAAGUAUAUCAAGGAGCAGUUGAAGUGCAAGGAGGACAAGCCUGUCAACUUUGUGUUCCACGGUGGAUCGGGAUCCGAGAAGGACAAGAUUGACACUGCUGUGAAUCAUGGAGUCAUCAAGAUGAACAUCGAUACCGACAUUCAGUGGGCCUGCUGGGACGGAAUCCGCAAGUUUGAGAAGGAGAAGCACGAUUACUUGCAGGGCCAGAUUGGAAAUCCUGAGGGAGCUGACAAGCCCAACAAGAAGUUCUACGAUCCCCGUGUUUGGCUGCGCAAGGCUGAGGAGUCCGCUGUGGAGCGCCUCGGGGAGGCCUUCAAGGAUCUCCAUUGCGUGAACGCCCUUGGAUAAAUAUUUGAAACUGUAGGAUAGGUUUGACCCUUACGCUGAGUUUGUGGCACGAGAUGUACACAGUAAAAGGCUUAGUCUGUG